GUGGACAGACUCAAUACUCAUAACAACGGUUUAAGAUAUUAUAGAGUAACUGGUUCUGGUUGCACAACUCUAUGAAAUAAAUUGACCCUCUGACCCUCUCAUAAUUGCAUAUCAUAAUUAUCAUAUUAAGAUGAAUUGUCAUAUUGAAAUAUUGAAUGGUCCAUAAAGCAAUUUAAUAUAGGAGUUGUGUGACCAGUAUAAUAACCACAACUACUGUACUCAUAACUCAUAAAUCAUAAUUCAUAUUAAUAUAGCAUUUUAGCCAUGGCUCUUGUGUCAGUCGUGAGUGAUGAGUCAGUAGUCAAUAGUCGGUACUCACUUUAUCAGUAAGUUGUACUCACUGCGUUAAGCAACACGUGGUCGUUCGCCCUCCAAAUCGACUGCGACGAUGUACUACCAAGCUCUGAUCUAUAUACCGUACGCUAUUCUGGUCAAUAUUUUUGCAUCGUACGUGCUGACUGAUUACUGGUUGAACGUAAUUUUAGACAAGUACGUGGGAGACGAGCACGUCAUAACCCGAUAUUUCGAUCACAUUGUCGUGGGCGGAGGAACAGCAGGUAUUGCUGUAGCUUCGCGUUUAGCAGAAAAUGAAGCACAUACUGUUUUAUUAAUUGAAGCUGGACCCAAAGUAUCAUUAUUACACGAUAUACCUCUUGCCACACCAAUGUUCCAAAAGUCACCAAUUGAUUGGAAACACCAAACAGAGUCACAGUUGGACGCAUGUCUUGCAAUGAAAAAUAAUUCUAGUCAAUGGCCCGCUGGAAAAGUCUUGGGAGGCAGUAGUCGCAUAAAUUUCAAUAUUCACGUAAGAGGGCAUAUUUCUACCGAUUAUUUAUCGUGGCAAUCUGAACAAGAUUGGACCAAAGAGGAUGUCCUUUACUACUUCAACAAAUAUGAAAAAGCUGAUACAUAUAAUAGAUCACCCAAUAAAAAACGAUUCUUCAGUCAUCAGCCAACACAUGUGACACCAAUUGCAACAGCUAUACUUGAGGCGGCCAAUGAGUUGGACUUUAAUACAUCAUUUGAUAUGAACAACGAUGGUUUUCAUAUUUCUAGACGAGAUGGUGGUAGCUUCUCGUUGACACCAGUGUCAAUAAGAACAGGAGCUAGAUUAAGCGCUGAACACCUAUACUUAAAAUCAAGAAAAAAAAAAAACUUAACUGUGCUCACAAAUGCUUUAGUUACAAAGGUGCUGUUUAAACAUAAUUUUGAAGCAAAUGGAGUUAUGUACAACAGGUUUGACCAAGUUUAUAAAGUACAUGCACUUAAGUCGGUAGUCAUGUCUGCAGGAACAUUGAAUACGGCAAAAAUACUUUUAUCGAGUGGUAUUGGACCAGCACACCAGCUUAAACCGUUAAAAAUCCCUGUAAUUGCGGAUUUAUCAGUGGGAGAAAACUUACAAGACCACAUUAUUACAGGAUUGGAUAUGAUAACUUUAGAAAAAUCAUUGAACUUAACUUUUAAAGAUUUUAUAUCGCCAAUUAACAUUUUCAAAUACUUUUUCAAAGGAACUGGUACAUGGACGCAUCCAGGAUGUGAAGCUGUUGGUUUAUUACAACUACCAUCAGAUAAAAAAAACUAUUCUGUGUCAUCCCCGGAUUUGCAAUUUAUGCUUUUACCUUAUGGGGUAUCAUCUGAUGCAGGAGCAGCAUACUUCAACCACUUAAAUUUAAAAAAUGAAAUUUGGAAAGAAUAUUUUCAACCACUUGUAGGAAGACAAGUCAUUUCAUUAGCACCAGUGCUAUUGCAUCCUCAAAGCAGGGGAUACGUGAAGUUAGACAUUAAUCGUAAAAUUAAACCAAACCAUUAUCAAAACUCGGCGCGAUGUUUAACACAAAACAUUUUCCUGGUUGCAAAAAAUAUAAGUUUGGAUCGGACCAUUAUUGGGAGUGUUACAUUAGACAUAUGACGUUAACUUCUUAUCAUCCCGUGGGAACAUGUAAAAUGGGAAGUAUCCAUAAUAAGAGUGUAGUGGAUCAUUCAUUGAGGUAGUUAGUUGGGACUCAAUAAAUAUAAAUUAUUAUUAAAAUAACUUUUAUUCGAUAAUAAUUAUUUUUAUACAUGUUUUAGAGUGCAUAAAUUAAAUAAAUUGUAUGUGAUUGAUGCUUCAAUAAUGCCUUCCAUGCCAAGUGGGAAUAUAAACUCUGUUGUUGCAAUGAUAGCUGAGAAAGGAGCUGAUCUCAUAAAAAAACAUUGUUUUCAAAGGACUCAAAAAUGUAAAAUCACAGAUUUCUUAUAUUAUAGUAAUAAAUAUUAAAAUAUUAUUUUAAUUUAA